GCCAGUCCUAUAAAACCGUGCUAGCAUGAAUGAAAGCAACACACUUGGUACGCAAGCCCCAGACUACGGACAACCUGUCUUUCAGAUCCUGAGACUUCAGCACGAUGUCUUACCAACAGCAGCAGUGCAAGCAGCCCUGCCAGCCUCCUCCUGUGUGCCCACCCCCAAAGUGCCCUGAGCCUUGUCCUCCUCCAAAGUGCCCUGAGCCUUGUCCUCCUCCAAAGUGCCCUGAGCCUUGUCCUCCUCCAAAGUGUUCAGAGCCUUGUCCUCCUCCAAAGUGCCCUGAACCCUGCCCUCCUCAGCCAUGCCAGCAGAAAUGUCCUCCUGUGCAACCUCCACCUCCCUGCCAGCAGAAGUGCCCACCCAAGAGCAAGUGAGUGAUUCAACAGUCAACAUGGCCAAGAGAAGACAUGGAAAUCUACCUCUUACAUUUCUGUAGAAAAACCCCUCUUCUUCACUUCAAAGCCUGUCAUGGAUGCAGAAGAAUAUUCUCCACUCUUCACCUCCAUGUGUCUGUGGUCACCUGAUGGGGAAGGUAUUCCCUUCAGGUUGUUCUGCUUCUGCUGUGAAGGGGCUGCUGAGAAUGAUCCUUCCUCUCUGGCUCAGUGUCCCAGAUGCUCAGAGUGAAGAGCAGCAGCUUUCCACCCUGUGCACUCAGAGGAUGUUUCCAAAACUGUAAUUUACCUUGGCUGGGUUGUUUCCACUGUGGUUUCAUUUCCUGAAUAAAGUACAAACUGGUUGAUACUA